CACGCUCUCUCGGAGGAGUGGUGGUUGCUCCUAGUCGCAGACUUCUUUAUUAAUCUCAAUCUGGAUCCGGGCACGGGGAGCGAUUGACUGAUCGACGAGACUCGAGAGCCUGGAGAGCCGGGGGUUUCGCUUCUCGUUGCGUUUGGAGUCUUGCCGGGUCUCGGUUUUCGAGCAGGCAAGAAUUUCCUUUUAAUUUUGGGUGAUCUGUUUUCGUGUGCUAAGAUUUUGGAUCAUCGCCCCCCCCAGUGUUGUUCCUGCUGAUUUACCGCCUGGAUUGGAUUUUUUUUGGACGGGUUACCUUUAAUGGGGCUUCUCCCUUCUCGUCGUCGCGAAUCAGUGGACUAGAACAAGAAACCUUCCCGAUUGGAGCGGAUUUUCUGUGGUCGCCGCGCUUAGUUUCGAAAGGCGGCACCUUUAUUUGCUACCACGCUUUGCUGUGGCCCAAAAGUUACCCAUUGUGUCUGUUUCAAGAAAUAGAUUGGGUUUUCUUUUCUUUUUUCUGAGGUGUUUGUUUUACUUGGCAGAUCCAGGGAACACCGGUUUUCCUUUGAUUUUGCCGAAAUUUUUGAUCUGAUCGGAGCGAUCCCGGAGCUUCGCAAGGAGCAAGGCAUUUUUCUGGGGGCCAUGGCCAUGGGGCUCGGCCGAUUCACACACUGGCUCUGGCCGGGUAACGCCGCGCGAGUUGGCAACCACGAGCUCCCCGGCAUCGCCUUGACGGGCGCCUCCUUCCCGGAGUUCCCCUCCGGGUUCCGUGAGGCGGACGCUAUCGCCUUCUCCAGUGCCGCCGCCGGCCGCCGCACGCGGCCGAGGAGGGUCAAGAACCAGCGGCGCAGUCGCGGGGAGCCCAGAAUCGACAGGGAGUACGACAUGGUCAUCGUGCCGUCCGACGGCGGCGGGUGCCUUUCCGGGUCCGAGUCCGACGACUCCGACUGGUCCAUCGGCUGGCUGGAGCCGCAGGCGCCGGAGAUGCAGACGGACGGUGACCAGGAGACCUCCUUCGCCGUCCUCGUGCCCUGCUACCGCCACGGCCGCGCCGAGCAGCCCGCGAUGCCCCAGGGACGCUUCCUUGGCGCUGGCCCUCUCGCCGAUGGCGGCCUCUCUGAUGGAAAGAAUUUUGUAGAGCAGUGGCUUUCUUCCCUCCAGAACUGAUAUCUGGAAUCUCCGUUAGCUAUGUUGUAUAUAUUAUUGCUCAGUAUCAUUAUCGAUGAAGGAAGACAUCAAAACCCAAAAAAAUGAGAAAAUGGAAAAAGAACAAAAAGAGGAGCAGCGGAAUUUUGAAGCAGCACUGAACGGGUUUGUCCUUCCGGAGGUUUCAAGGCUAAUUCUACUCAUUGCAAAGCAAGGCCAAUGCUGAACAAGACCAGCUGCGCUGCGGGUCGUAGAAGACACAUUCAUUCUUAUUAACCAAUCUACGACAACAUUUGUAGAUAUUAUUUGGUAUCACAUCGUUCAUUUUGUCCCACUUUGAUUCUGGACCUCGACCCUGCUACUGGCAUGUGUAUAUAUGGUGUCAUUUGCCGUGUAUAUAUAAGCUGCAGAUGUGCAGCUCCUCAGUGUGCGUGUGUGUUGAUGUAGAUCGGAACAGGAUUGCUCCUUGUGAAAUUCAGAUGUAUAUAAGCUUUUUGCGUUUUUGUGGAACAA